AUGAUGCAUGAAGAUGUCGAUCAUGAUGACGAGGAGGAAGUCAUCCUUGAUCGACGUACAUUAAUUAAUCAAGCAAAUAAUUCAAAUUCAUUGAGUAAUUCUGGCCCAAUUCUUCUUGGAGUAAAUCGAUUUAAUAUCAAAGUAUACGAUGAUCCUGUUAAAUUAUCACGAGCGAAAACAAUCCUACUAGCAAUAACUUGUAUAUCAAUUGGUAUGUUUACUGGCUUAUUGGGACCAACAUUUCCAUUUCUUUCACAACUUAUGCCAGCAGAUUUAUCAGCAGUUAUAUGGCUUAUUGCUAUAAAAGCAAUUGGAUUUCUUAUUGGAACUCUUUUAAGUGCUUAUCUUUACGCUUGGUUUAAUGUUUGUUGUCUACUUGGCUUAUCAUGCUUAUCAAUCAGUUUUGGUGUUUGUUCUCUUCCAUUUAUAACUGAUUUAGCAACAUUUUAUUUAACUUCACUUAUUCUUGGCAUUGGUCUUGGCAUAUCGUAUAAUGGUAUAGAUGCACUCUACAAUCGUUUAUGGACUCGAUCAUCCCUGGCUUCUAUUCGAUGGUUACAUUUAUUAGUUGCGCUCGGUGCCAUUCUAUCGACAUCAAUGCUUUUUCCAUCGAAUAUUUCUAAUGUUAAUGAACUUUCGUUAACAACAGUUACUACACAGCAAAUUCGACCACGUCGACAAGCCACUAAUGAAAUAGCUAAUUUACUGGCUUCAAGAUUACCGAAAAUUGAUGAUAUAUUAUCUAAUGAGACAAAUACAUCAACUAUACUUAACAAUACAGAUGUUACUACUGAUUCAUCUUUGCCAACAACUACAACAGCAAAACUCGUAUUAAAACCGUCAGUCGUUGAAACUGAUGGUUUAAAACAGUCGAAUGUUGCUAAACCAGGAGUCGGAACUGACCAAUCCACUACUAAAUCACCAUGUAUGAAAUCCUAUUGUUGUUUUAAUUCUAAUAUUACAACUCAAAAUCAAACAAUAAUUAAUAAUACAUAUUCUUGUCAAGAAAAUGAUGUCAAUCUCUCCGAUGCUUGUAAGACUACUCUAUCAUUCUGCAAAAACUCAUCAUUACGAAUAUGUCUGCUGAAUACAAUGAAUAUUUCAUGUCGAAUCGAUCAAGUUUGUGGCAACGAUAAAAAAAUCGAAUGCUCAUUACAAUCAAUCAAUGAUGCUAUUUAUGCAAGCACUUCGACAACAACGAUAGUCACAUCAACGCCUACGACAACGAUAAAUACGACUUUACUUAUUACUACAACCAAUCCACCUACAACAACAACAACAACUAGUACUAUUUUACCCACAACAAUUACAACAACCACGACAACAGUAACAGCAGCGACUACAAUAACAAUAGUGACGACAGCAACAACUCCAACAACAACUGAGACUACAAGUAGUUCGACGAUGACCACAACUCGUUACAAUAAACCGGCAUUCGCAAAAUCAAAUAUUGAUGAUCUAUCGAAAAAUCUUUUAUAUGCCAAAAUUCUUUCAUUUUUUCGUGCAAUCACAUUAGUCCAUUUAAUUUAUCUCUUCAUUGCAUUUCUAUUUUUUAUUCUUGGUAUAUCCUAUUCCACAUUGGCUAUGCGAGGUGACGGUGUAAAUUCAACAACUUCAACGCAGAAAAUCAAUCUUAAUCCACUAUCAUUAUUAUUUGGAAAUGCUCAUCGAACAAUAAAUACUUCAAAUAGAUCCGUAUCAUUACUAUCCGAUCGUGCUUCACUUAAAUUUGUUGUGCUUCUUGUCGCAUUUUAUUUUAUAAUGACCGGCAUUGAAAGCUCAAGUAUUUAUUUAACAUAUUUAUUUGGUCGUGAAUUAAAAUUUGAAGAAAAUCAAUGCUUACUUAUACAAUUUCUAUUCUUUCUUGGUCUAUUAUUAGGACGUUUAAUUGAUAUAUUGAUGGAUUAUGGCUGCUUUCUAUUUAAUACUCGUAUAACAAAUCGAACAAAAAAACAAUCAGAUAAAUUUCAUCUAAUAUCAAUUAAAUUUUGUAUACUUAUUCGCUUAAUAAUAUUAUUUCUUCUAUGUUCAACAUUAAGUUUUUCACAUUUAUUUCAAGAAAAUUCUUCUACUAAAUCAUUUAUACCAUCCAUACGAUUGCUAUAUUUUAUAUUUUUUCUUAUUGGAUUAUUAUUAGCAUCAUUGCCAACACUAAUUUUAUUUUGGAUUGAACGCGAUUUAAGUUUAAACGAUUCGCUUAUACGUUUUAUAUUAAUAACAAUAACAAUAAGUGAUGUGGUAUUUCCAUCAUUUUUAUUCUAUACAAUAAAACAUGUUGUAUUAUCCUAUUUAUUCUAUUUAUUUAUUGGUUCAUGUCUGUUACUGAUUUUGUUUGUGUGUAUUUUAUAUACAAGUAAACAUUGGCAAAAAAAGCAAUUGUAUAGAAUAUUACCGACAUCGAUGGAAAUGGAUGAAGCUAAUAUAGAAAAUCAUUCGGAUAAUAAUGAUGACGAUGAGGAUUUCCAUAGAACAAAUGGACGGAUAAAUGGCAAUGAAACGAAAAACAAUAUUGAUAAUGAUAGAGUAAAAGGAGCGAAAGGACAUUAA